UAUUGGAGGGGUUACCAAAACGUCACACUGUGGACGCAGGAGGGAGCAUGUCAGGUCUGAGCUGCGUCGACAAGGAACAACCCGAGGUGCCUUCACUGAUCUGUGGAUCACAGAGCUUCUUGACUGAGUGAUACGGGAGGAUAUUUACAAUUUAAGUCAACAAUGAAGCGCGUACUAUGCGGACUGCAACUCCUUCACUUUUUAAUAACUUUUACUUCUAUCAGUGGGUCACCUUUCCAUUAUAGCAUGCUCCAAGGCAACACGUACUCAGGCUCCGAAACGCGACAGAGAAACAAAAACUGGUGCGCCUAUGUUGUGCACAAGAACGUCACCUGUGCCGUGGUGGGAGGCACGGAGAGUUUCGUGCAGCCAGAGGCUUUACCGUGUCCACCGGAGCUGCCAAACUGUGCCACAGAAGUGAUAUAUCGGACUCACUUCAGACCUAUGUAUAAGAUCGCAUACAAGACUGUUACAGAGCUGGAGUGGAGGUGUUGCCCGGGUUACCAGGGACACGACUGCAUGGAGGUGAAAGACAUGAAGCUGCUCCAAGUAGAGCGCAUGCCGUAUGCUCCCUCUGCUUCAGGACAUAUUCCAGUUCCUCAAGCGCCAUCACAGCGAACCGACAGCCAGAGGAACCAUCCAUGGGGAGGGGAGAGGCAGUUUGGAGGUCAGACAGGUCACAGACCACUGGAGGGUCAUGGAGGAUUGCAAAAUGGACAACACCUGGAGGACGAGGUUCAGAGGCUGUCCCAGAUGGUUCUUGACAUGCAGGCAAGAAUGACAGACAUGUCAUCCAGUUUGAGACUGGACUUCCAAGAGGAUGCCAGUAAAAUGUUUGUGACACUGAUGAAUGACUACAAACUGCCCGCCAGCGCGAGGGGCGAGGUGGCCCAAACCAUUCAGGUGCAGGAUUUCUCCUUUGAGCGCGAUCCACCAGCAAUUGAUGAGGUCAUGAACAAGAUCAGCCAGGUGUCACAGGAUCUGGAGUCCAAGAGGAACACCCUGGAUGACCUGCUCGGCCGUGUUAACCACCAUGACGGACAAAUUCAUCUGUUAAUGGAGGCUGCCCGGAAUCACCUGCCCACACAUACUCCUGCCCCUCCAACCAGUGAUGCAGAUCUGCGAGCCUACCUGGACCAGAAGAUCAGUGCCCUGAGAGAGGAGUUAAUGGAGGGCAUGGAAAUCAAACUGGCAGACUUGAAGAACUCGUGCGAUUAUAAAAUCCUGUCAGUUCGGGAGCAGUGCGAGGGACAAGAAGCCAACUACCUCAGCCUGGCCGAGCUCAUGGACUCAAAGGAAACUGACCUCCGCAGUGAGAUCCAGGACCUCACGACCAAGAUGGUUAAUGCAGUUAACCGUGAACAUGACCCUGUUCUGGCUCAUGUGGAGAACCUCGAGAUCCGUCUGAACUCAUCUGAGAAGACAGUUGUGUCCCAGUGCCUUUUAGUGGAGGAGAAGCUAAAGAUCGAUCAGGGGAAAGUGUUCAAAGGCCUUCGGGAGACUAUGGAAAACAAGCUGGCCUCCAUGGAAGACAGACUGGCCACCCUGUUUGUCAACUCUUCAACUGACAGCCAGCCAGAGAGGCAAGACAAUCUACAUGGGGACAUUAAAUCUCUAAAGGGCGCCUUUCAAACUCUGGAGAAUCGCUUCGAUGUCUUGGACAAGCUGUGCUCAAAGGAGUGCAACGCUAAUUUGACUGUUGUAGAGAACAUUGAACAAGACUUGCAGGGCUGCAGAACAGCUGUAGAUGCUUUGGAGAUCAGUCUUGAAGCUAAUAUAAACGGCCUUGAAGCCAUUGAGGGGAAACUGUUUAACUAUAGCACAAGCAUCGAUGAUGUACACGGUGAGUUAAAUGGUCUGAAAGGACACAUGGGUAGGCUGGAGGACGUGCUAUCAGAUGUAGCCCACCAGCAAUCUCAGAAGAUCCAGAGCCUCAACACGACGUGGGAUCAGGUUAAACUUGGGGCCGAGCAGGAAGUCAAGGACCUUUUGGAGCUCCAAAAGACUCAAAAUCACGAGCUGAGAGACAGGCUGAGCCAGCUGUCCAGGGAGGUGAAAGCAGAGACUGAAAACUGCCGGGAACACACGGCAGACUUUGGAAAAGAGAUCGCCCACAUCGACAGCCGAAUUGUCAGCGUGGAGAGUUUAUGCGGAAAGCUGGAUCCUAUCUCUGGUAGCCUUCAAAGGAUCAAAGAGGGUCUGAAUAAACAUGUCACUGGGUUGUGGACUUGUGUGAACCAGCUGAAUGCAACAGUUAGAGGUCAGGCCCAAGACAUUGGAGGACUGAAGGGAAGUAGUCAAAACCUCCAGAACCACAUCUCUAAUGUUGCCAGAGAUCUCCAGGAACUAAUAAACAGCAAUCCUGGGAAGACAGGUGUUCAGGUUGCUGUGGACGACAAAGGACCUUCCCAGGGUUCAGGUCAGAGUCUUACUGUGCCAGUCGGGCCCCUGGACCCCUCCCUCCAGCAGCCGACUGUGAUUGAGACGGGAGAGGCGGGACCUCCCGGCAAGAUGACCUCGUCCAAGCUGCCCGAGGGGACUGACGGCAGCAUGAUGCCUGUUCAGGGUUUUGCUGGGGCUCCAGCUUCUCCUUCCAAAUCUGGUGACCCGCUGAAAGUUAGUACGCCGAUCAUUACAGCAGAUGUGAAAAUGCCCCUCAUCCUUACACCACAGAAACCUGCCCCGGCUUCAGUUGAGGCGGUGUCGUUCUCAGCUGGUUUGACUCUGCUGCCGUUCCCCGGAGAGAUGGCCAUCAUUCGAUUCAACAAGGUGCUCGUCAACGAUGGAGGACACUAUGACGCUCAGACAGGUAUCUUCACAGCUCCCACAGACGGACGCUACCUGCUGACCGCCGUGCUCACAGCACAGCGAGGCGAGAGGGUGGAGGCCGUCUUGUCCGUGUCCAAUCGCAGCGUCCAGAGGUUGGACUCUUCGGGCUUCCUGUCAGGAGCAGCGCCGCCGCUGUCGCAGGAUCGCUGUAACUGCAGCAGCUCGACAUCCCUGAGCCUGGUUCUGUCGCUGAGGAGAGGGGAUCGAGCAGGACUCGUCAUGACCGCCGGAAAACUCGCCGUCUCAGACUCCCCGGAGGUCCUGUCGACUUUCAGCGCCGUGCUGCUUUACCCGAGUCCAGCAAAACGGUAGCCCCGCCCCUUUUAGAGACAGCUGACGCAUUUCGUAAGCCUUAAGAGGAGUGUUGUGUAUGUUAAUGAUGUUAUUUUAUUAUCAGAAAAGAGGGACAACCUACUAACCAGGAGGAUAAAAAGGGAUCCACAAAAACAAGAAAAUGACAGAACCUCAAACCAGAUUAUUUCUAUUUUACAUACUAAUAUAAAGUGUUUACAUUACGAUCUAUCUGUAAAGUUUUGUUCAUGAUCGAGAUUUUAUCGAUACAAAUUUGGCUUGAACAUUUCAUUCCUGCCCUCUGCAGUUAUCUGAGUUUUAGCCUUUAAUAUUUAAAACCACAUCGAGCCUUGAACCAGCAUUAACUCAUAUUUUCUGAUCUCAGAGAAUUUUUUACGUUAACAUUUAAGAAGAAGAAGAUUUCCUUUAUUAAUCCUGCGAGGGGAAACUCAAUUUGACGCUCUGUUGUCGAACAUGCUACACACACAGAGGCUGAAAUACACACACAUGUACAAACAGGAUCCUGUGGACAUGAUCUAAUGGAGAGAUGUCAGAGUGAGGGCGCUGCCUACAGCAAGCACUCUUGAGCUGGUGGCGGGGGUCCAGUGCCUUGCUCAAAGGCACCUUGGCAGCGCUCUCCAGCUACCAGACCAGUUAUCAGACUUGGUCCGCACUGGGACUUGAACAGGCCACCCUCCACUUCCCACCUAAGGCCCUACAGACUGAGCUACUGCCGAAGUUUGUCCACUUCAGCAGAAACCAGUGUUUGACUUUGUAAAGAACACAAAAGUACAUACAGACAAACUCUUCUUCUUCUUUUUGGUGCUAAAAUGUUACAAAUGUAGAAAAUCUGAUUUUAUUGUUCUUUCAAAUACAUUUUUAUUAAAGGAUCAUCCAA